AAGGAAGAGAGGAUCUAUACCUCCACUCACCCCAAGCGCCUACAUGGCGUAUAGUGGGACAAACUUUACAUUGUUCCCAUAUCACACACUUUCACUUCUUCAUGUAGGAUAAUACACAGUUAUGUUUAUCAUAUUUUAGUGGAUGCAAGAUGGCACUCCAGCCUUUUAUAAUUACUGUCUGAUACUGACCACUGUUUGGUGGUUACAAAGUUUGGCAGAAAUUUUCUGUAAGUAAACAAGCAAAGCAUAAGCUAGAUAUGGAAAGGUUUAAUCUCAUUUAUCUAAAGGUUGUCAAGCAAAACCAAUCAUUACUUGUGCCAAAUAGAUGUAUGGGUGUAGGAAACUUAAAGGAAAGUGAGAACAUUGAUAACUAACUCCAUGAAGUCCAUCAUUAAGAGCUAGUAGUCACACAGCAUCAGUAAAUCUCCCACUGUUUAUGCAGUGCAAAGGUUCAUUUCCAUGUUCACAAGUGUCUGUCACAGGCUUGUAUCCUGAGCCAGAUGAAACCAAUCUAUAUCCUUGCAACCUAUUUCUCCAAGAACAAUUUUAAUAUUAUAUUUCCAUCUAUUCCUAGAUCUCCCAAAUGUUUUUUGACAAAAUAUAUGCAUUUCUUAUCAUUCAUUCACAUGCUAAGGUAUGUUAUUUGCACAGAUAUGGUGAUACCACGAGCUGUCAUUCCUUGUAGAACAAAGUCUUACAACAUUCAAAUAAAAUCUGUAAAGUAGAGUACAGUUUGUGGUUAUACCAAAUUUACCAAAAUCUUGGUGAUAGUUUUCCUGGGAUGUAACUGGAUUCCAAGAACGAUGUUGGUACUGUAGCCUAGUGAGGAGGUGCUGAUCUAUGUCUUUGAUCAGUGGUGAUGUUGGCAAGAAAGAAAGCAACCUAGUAACAUGACAGUAACAUCAGUCAGUCCAUUGUGUUUAAUGUAAAACUUUGGCUUUCAGAUGAGAGCCGUGUCAAAUGUUUGUCGUAACCAGCAAUUCAGCAGACAUUCCACUUGCCAUUUUUAAGGCGGGUAUGAGGUGGGGCCAGUUCUGAUGACCUUAUAUAUAUUCCAGUUCAGAAUAUGUUGUGCUGAAUAACUGAAACGUCCUUAGUAAGGCUUACUAUGCGCUUGAGAUGAUUGGUCACAUGAAAAAGGGUGAGUCGGUGCUGAUCCACUCAGGCAGGGGGGGCGUAGGCCAGGCAGCCAUCAAAAUUUGUCUGCACGCAGGUUGCACGGUGUUUACCACUGUCGGUACAGAGGAGAAACGUGCCUUUAUCAAAAAGCAGUUUCCACAGUUGAUGGACCAUAACAUUGGCAGCUCUCGAGACACUUCUUUUGAGCAACUUAUCAUGUCACAGACAAAUGGAAAAGGGGUAGACCUCGUUCUCAACUCUCUUUCUGAAGAGAAGCUGCAGGCCUCAGUACGCUGCCUUGCCCCUCGAGGACGAUUCUUGGAGAUUGGAAAAUUUGACCUUACCAGCAACAACACUAUUGGCAUGGAAGUGUUCCUGAAGGAAACAAGCUUCUUUGGAGUCACUUUGGAUAAACAAUUUCUUUCAUCCCCUGAGCUUAAGAAAAAUCUGCAUCACAUCAUGACCGAAGGUGUAGCUUCAGGGACUGUACGACCGCUGCCCCGGACUGUGUUUUCUGACAGUCAGGUGGAGCAGGCUUUCAGAUACAUGUCAGCUGGGAAACAUAUAGGUAAAGUGUUGGUGCAAAUUCGAGCAGAGGAAGACAGAAAAUUAGUUGUGCCUGUACCACUACUCAUGCAGGCCUAUCCACAAUACUUCUGCAAACCCAAUUUCACUUACAUCAUAGCAGUGGCACGGAAGUUCUUGAUUGACCCAGUAAAAGUGUAA